UUGCGAAGCAAGCUGACCCCCCAGGAGAUCCAAGGAUUCGCCCUCCUGCUCCGCGAAUACCGGAUGGGCUUAGCGGUGGAGCGGUAUUGCACCAGACUCCUCAAUCUCUACGGGGACAAGCGUAAAUUUCUCCUUUUGGGAAUGCGGCCCUUCAUCCCUGACCAGGACAUCGGGUACUUUGAGGGCUUCCUGGAGGGCAUCGGCAUCCGGGAAGGGGGCAUCCUGACCGACAGCUUCGGCCGCAUCAAGAAAAGCAUGAGCAGCACCUCGGCCUCGGCCGUCCGGAGCUACGACAGCUGGUCCCUGCACUCC